GAUGGAUUAUCUUGAUGUAAAUAAUCAAGAAAGUGUAGCUGCUAGAAAAAAAUCAAUCAAGAGGAUCACUAUUAUUGCAAUUUCCUCUAUAGUAUUUGUUGGUUGUGUUGUAGCUGCUAUUGUUGGAAUAACAACUAGCAAAAACAAUGAAAAAUCAAACACUCAAACCAAUUCUUUUUCAGCAGCUAUUAAGGCUGUUUGUGACAUAACAUUGUACCCUCAAUCAUGUUACAACAGCCUUGGUCCUCUAGCCACAUCAAACAACCUUAAAGUUGAAGAUAUUUACAAAUUAUCAGUACAAGUUUCUGUGGAUGAAUUGUCAAGAGCAUCGGAUGAGUUCUUCAAUUCGACAGAAUUGAAGAACAUUUCCGAUCCUAUGACUAUUAAGGCCUUAGAGAGUUGUCAUGAUCUUCUAUCACUUGCUUUGGAUAGUCUGAAUGACUCACUUUCUAUACCAAACAAGUCGUUGCUCGAGGCUUUUACUGACCUCAAGACAACGUUGAGUGCAGCUGGAACUUAUCAGCAAACAUGUAUCGAUGGUUUUGGAAAUAUAACUAGUAUUGCUAAACAUAACCUUAAGAAUUCGGGGGAGUAUACGAGUAAUAGCUUGGCUAUUAUUGAUAACAUUGAUGAAUCAGUUCAGAAUUCAAUGGACUCAAUCAAUUCCUUAGGUAGAAUUGGAAGAAGACGUCGUCUUCUGAUGGAUUUUGAUGGAGAUUUUCCAAGGUGGAUGAGUUCAAAAGAUAGGAAAUUGCUUCAAUCUUCAAAAGGGGAAGUUUUGAAUGUGGAUGUUGUGGUGGCUAGUGAUGGGACUGGGCAUUUUACCAAUAUUUUUGAGGCUCUUGAUGUUGUGCCUGAGAAGAGUGAUAAGAGGUUUGUGAUAUAUGUGAAGAAGGGUGUUUAUGUUGAGAAUGUUAGGGUUGAGAAGAAUAAAUGGAAUGUUAUGAUGAUUGGUGAUGGCAUGGAUGCAACUAUUGUUUCUGGCUCUCUUAACUUUAUAGAUGGCACUCCCACUUUCGAAACUGCAACUUUUGCUGUGUUUGGCAAGGGAUUUAUCGCUCGUGACAUGGGGUUCCGCAACACAGCAGGUGCAGCCAAGCAUCAAGCAGUGGCUCUACUGUCAACUGCUGAUCUCUCUGUUUUUUACCACUGCAAAUUUGACGCGUACCAAGACACACUCUACACACACUCCAAUCGCCAAUUCUACAGAGAAUGCAAUAUCUAUGGCACAGUAGACUUCAUAUUUGGUAACUCAGCAGUUGUUUUCCAGAACUGCAACAUACUGCCCAAGAUACCUAUGCCUGGCCAACAGAACACCAUCACAGCUCAAGGCAAAAUUGACCCUAAUCAGAACACAGGCAUUUCUAUUCAUAAUUGCACUGUUUGGCCCUCAGCUAACCUUACUGGAGUGAGUACCUUCUUGGGUAGGCCAUGGAAGAACUAUUCCACAACCGUUUUCAUGUAUACGACAAUAAAUAGCUUUAUUGAUCCUAAAGGAUGGUUACCUUGGGUGGGUACAACAGCACCAGAUACUAUUUACUAUGCUGAAUAUAGAAACUUUGGCGCUGGGGCUGUCACAAAAAAUAGAGUCAACUGGAAAGGAUUGAAAUUGAAUAUUACUAGUAAAGAUGCUAGCAAGUUUUCAGUUACACAGUUGAUUCAGGGGGACAAAUGGCUCCCUUCAACUGGAGUCGCCUUCAAGAAGGAUAUCUGAGCGAGAUGAAUCUAUGAUUGAGUCUACAUUUUAUUUUUAACAAUGGUUGAGCUUUGUUUUCUGUUUAACACUUUCUUUGUACUGAUGGGAGCUCCGGGAGGGGAAAUUGGUUUUACUUUUGAAGCUCAAAGAGCCCAAGAACAUGUCAUAUACACAGCACCAGCUAAUUGCAUUUUCU